CUCCAACAACUGCUGCCCCGACAACUGCAACUCCAACAACUGCAGUCCCCACAACUGCAACCCCCACAACUUCAGCUCCGACAGUCCCCACAACUGCAACCCCCACAACUUCAGCUCCGACAACUGCAGCUUCCACAACUGCGGCUCCAAUAACUGCGGCCCCAACAACUGCUUCUCAAAAAACUACGGCCCCCACAACUGCGGCUCCAACAACUGCUCUUCCACAACUGCGGCUCCAACAACUGAAGCCCCAACAACUGCUGCUCCAACAACUGCAGCCCCCACAACUGCAGCUCCCACAACUGCAGCCCCAACAACUGCAGCACCCACAACUGUGGCUCUGACAUCUGCAGCUCCGACAACUGCAGCCCCCACUACUGCUGCUCCCACAACUGCAGUUCCGACAACUGCGGCCCCAGCAACUGCAGCCCCAACAACUGCAGCUCCCCCAACUGCAGCUCCGACAACUGCUGCCCCAACAACUGCAGCCCCAACUGCAGCCCCGACAACUGCAGCUCCUACAACUGAAGCCCCCACAACUGCUGCUCCCACCACUACAGCUCCAACAACUGCGGCCCCAACAACUGCUGCUCCAAUAACUGCUGGCCCCACAGCUGCUGGCCCCACAACUGCUACUCCAACAACUGCUGCCCCGACAACUGCAACUCCAACAACUGCAGCCCCCACAACUGCAGUCCCCACAACUUCAGGUCCGACACCUGCAGCUCCCACAACUGCGGCUCCAACAACUGCGGCCCUAACAACUGUUGCUCAAAAAACUGUAGCCCCAACAACUGCUGCUCCCACAACUGAAGCCCCAACAACUGCUGCUUCAACAACUGCAGCCCCAACAACUGCGGCCCCAACUACUGUAGCACCGACAACUGCAGCCCCCACAACUGCAGCCCCCACUACUGCUUCUCCGACAACUGCAGCUCUGACAACUGCUGCCCCAACAACUGCAGCCCCAUCAACUACAGCACCCAUAAUUGCCGCCCCCACCACCGCAGCACCCACAACUGUAUCUCUGACAACUGCAGCUCCGACAACUGCAGCCCCCACUACUGCUGCUCCCACAACUGCGAUGAGUUUACAGUCCUCUGGAGAGGUCAGCAAUGACACUAUCAUUGAGCUCAUAAAACAGUUCUUUAAUAAACAGCUGAAUGGAACAGCCCACACAGUCACUGUGACACUCAUUCAAAGGGUUGGAGUUGGCCCAUCACAGUCACUGUGA